AUGGCAAAGUCUCCGCAGCAUAUCUCACCGAAUCCUGGUGCCAGUCCAACGAAGAAGUCACCCCAGCUUUCGCCGAAUCCCUCCUCAAGCCCAAUGAAGAAAUCACCACAGCACAUUUCACCAAUUCCACCAGCAAGCCCAAUGAAGAAGUCACCACAAUUUGGGGUGGGUGGGGGGGGAGGAGGGUUAAGGAGUGGUGGGGGGGUGGGGGGGUGGGGGGAUUGGGGGGGGGUUGGGAGGGGGGGGGGGGGGGCGGGUUGGGGGGGGGGGGGUGGGGGGGUGGGGGGGGGGGGGGGUGGGGGUGGGGGGGGGGGGGUGGGGGGGGGGGGGGGGGGGGGGGGGGGGGGGGGGGGGGGGGGGUGGGGGGGGGGGGGGGGGGGGGGGGGGGGGGGGGGGGGGGGGGGGGGGGGGGGGGGGGGGGGGGGGGGGGGGGGGGGGGGGGGGGGGGGGGGGGGGGGGGGGGGGGGGGGGGGGGGGGGGGGGGGGGGGGGGGGGGGGGGGGGGGGGGGGGGGGGGGGGGGGGGGGGGGGGGGGGGGGGGGGGGGGGGGGGGGGGGGGGGGGGGGGGGGGGGGGGGGGGGGGGGGGGGGGGGGGGGGGGGGGGGGGGGGGGGGGGGGGGGGGGGGGGGGGGGGGGGGGGGGGGGGGGGGGGGGGGGGGGGGGGGGGGGGGGGGGGGGGGGGGGGGGGGGGGGGGGGGGGGGGGGGGGGGGGGGGGGGGGGGGGGGGGGGGGGGGGGGGGGGGGGGGGGGGGGGGGGGGGGGGGGGGGGGGGGGGGGGGGGGGGGGGGGGGGGGGGGGGGGGGGGGGGGGGGGGGGGGGGGGGGGGGGGGGGGGGGGGGGGGGGGGGGGGGGGGGGGGGGGGGGGGGGGGGGGGGGGGGGGGGGGGGGGGGGGGGGGGGGGGGGGGGGGGGGGGGGGGGGGGGGGGGGGGGGGGGGGGGGGGGGGGGGGGGGGGGGGGGGGGGGGGGGGGGGUAGGGGGGGGGGGUUGAUUGGUUGUGGGGUUUUAUGUGGUUUGUGA